CACACCCCUUGCGGUGUUUUCCGGGAUCACGCCACUGCUUCCACUUGGGAUCCACACAGCAGCAGCGAUAUGGCUGAUCAUCACCGGACGGGACGGUGCUCUUUAUAAGCGAAAGUAAAGACAAAUAAUGCAUUAUUACAGGUCAACGAUGCACUCACUCGGGCGACGGGACACUGCAAAACACCGUUUCACCCAGGGAUAAGAUUUACUUGCCGGGUAAUAGGCAAUCUGGUGUGUUUUACAGCAAAGUAGUUGGAGGAACUUGUCGCAGUGGAUUCAUCCCAGCGUGCUGCCUGGAUUACCAUUCACAAGUGGAACAAUAGUCUCCUGCAUCAGAAACACUAGCAGGCCUGUGGGCCCUGGAGGUGCGGUGAGAAGAUGGACAGGAUGAAGAUAAUCAAGCGGAGGUUGUCCAUGUCUCUACGCAGCGCUCGGCCCGUCGACGACUCUCUGUCAGAACUGGCCGAACAGAUGGCCUUGGAUGAGCCAUCCGCAGCCACGGACGAUGGUGAGACAAACACAGAGCCCAUGGUUGUGUGCGCCGUGCACCCUCCCGCCUCACACAGUGCUCCCUCCUUCCUGCGUCAAUAUGCUGGUCAUCUGGGCCGCACCGCCCUGCGCAGAGAGCCGGGUGGGGGGCUGGAGAGAGACAGAGCCUACCUGAGCCUUCACAGGACUGGAUCUCUGGGUAUUGUCCAUGAGAAUGUGAAGAUGGGUUCCGAUGGGGAGAGCGAUCAGGCAUCCGGGACGUCUUCUGAUGAGGUCCAGAGUCCGGUCAGGGUCCGUAUGAGGAACAACCACCAUCGACGCAUCUCUAACGAGGACAUAAACAAACGCCUGUCUCUCCCAGCUGACAUCAGGCUACCGGAGGGCUACUUGGAGAAGUUUGCCAUGAACAGCCCCCCCUUUGACAAACCCAUGAGCCGCAGGCUCCGGCGUGCUUCACUGUCUGAAAUUGGCUUUGGGAAACUCGAGACCUACAUCAAACUGGACAAACUAGGGGAGGGGACCUAUGCUACAGUGUUUAAGGGCCGAAGCAAGUUAACAGACAACUUAGUAGCUCUGAAAGAGAUCCGGCUGGAGCACGAGGAGGGUGCGCCCUGCACAGCUAUCCGGGAAGUGUCUCUACUGAAAGACUUGAAGCACGCCAAUAUUGUCACUCUCCAUGACAUAAUCCACACUGACAAGUGCCUGACACUCGUGUUUGAGUACCUGGAAAAAGAUCUGAAGCAGUACAUGGAUGACUGUGGGAGCAUCAUGAGUGUUCACAAUGUUAAGAUAUUCCUAUUCCAGCUGUUGCGAGGUCUGGCCUACUGCCACAGAAGAAAGGUCCUCCACCGAGACCUCAAACCCCAGAACCUGCUCAUCAAUGAGAAAGGAGAGCUGAAACUGGCCGACUUCGGUUUGGCACGAGCUAAGUCUGUUCCUACAAAGACCUACUCCAAUGAAGUGGUGACAUUGUGGUACCGACCACCAGAUGUGCUUCUAGGCUCCACGGAGUACUCGACACCCAUCGAUAUGUGGGGUGUGGGCUGCAUCUUUUAUGAAAUGAUCACUGGCAGACCUCUCUUUCCCGGAUCCACUGUGGAGGAUGAGCUUCACCUCAUAUUCCGCAUCCUCGGUACUCCUACAGAAGAGACAUGGCCUAGUAUCACCACCAGUGAAGAGUUUAAGACGUACAAUUUCCCCAGAUACCACGCGGAACCUCUCGUCAACCAUGCACCCAGGAUAGACAACGAUGGUCACGACUUGCUCUCACUGCUUCUACAGUUUGAGGCUAAGAAGCGGGUAUCAGCUGAGGAUGCUCUCAGACACUCGUAUUUUAAAUGUUUUGGCGAGGAGGUUCAAACACUGGCUGACACUGCAUCCAUCUUCUCUGUAAAAGGCAUUCAGCUCCAGAAAGAUCCAGGGAAGAGAUCCUCAGUCUACCCAGAGUCAACGAUGGCCAAUAAGCUAGGCUCUGCACCCUCGCAGUACUUCCAGAGAGAAGCAGCCAAUCCCAGGGCUCAGAGUCACAAUCUCUCCUCCACUUCCACUGGCUGAGUGGCCCCUACCGUUCUGGUAAAUACGGUCUCUUUCGUUCUGUCUGUUUUCUGUUCCGUCCCCCCUGGCUGUCACCUGGCCUCCUUUCCUCUGUCCAUUUGCUCUUUGUCCCACUUAAUGUAUGGCUCUCGCGGUUGCUGAACCGGACUAAAUGCUGGUACAUUUCACUCCCCUCCUUGCAUUCCCUGAACCAAAACAACACAAAACAAACCCCCCUUUAGUCUUUCUAGUGUUUCUUUGUCUCAAUUUGUGUUGAUCCCUCUCCCUCUCCCUAUUCUUGCCUCUGCCGGCCUUCCCUCACAUUACAAGCCAAGCACUCACCUGCAUCAUCUCAGCUUUCACUUACCUAAUCCUCUUUUUCUCAGAGUGAGCCACUCCCAGCGUUCAUGUCAGGGAUGAAAGGGGAAGCGAUAUAUAUUCAUAAAAGAAAAAUUAUGUAAUCAGAGAACGGUCAUUUGAUUUUUUUCCUUUGCAGUCCUGUUUAGGUUUCUACAGCGAGAGGUGUAGCCUUUUUGUUGAGUCUGUAAGUGAGGUUUGGUGCAGUGUGCGUUUGGUUGGUUGUGUUUUAUAAAUUAAUUUUCUAUCAGCAUGGAUAUGGUUUUUUGUUAAACUGCAGUGUGUUACAGUGACUGGUAAGUAUGAUUAACUUCAGCAACAUGAAAUUACACACAGUAUUACAGGUUACAGGAACUAUAUGAUCCAAUUGUUUUAAGUCUUGGCACUGAUAAUACCACCACUAAACUAUAUGACCAGAAGUAUAUGUCCACUUGUACUUUUCUCGGAAAGUCCUUUCCGUUUCACAAUGUUUUUUUCCACAAAUCCAGAUCCAAGUACUUGACUGGCUUGCACAGAGCCCUGGCCUACUUAUUUGUCAAACUUCUACAAAUUACACUUAAUUAUGCUUUAAUGCUCAACUUGGAAGUAAAACAUUUAUUUGUGUGUGUGUUGUUGGCAUGGAGUGAAAUGUGUGUGUGUGUGUGUGGAGGUGUAUCUAAAAUGAAAUCCAAACCUUUUCUCACAUUUCUCUUUCUCUCUCUGUCUUUCUGUCUCUCAGCCCAGGGGAAGAGCAGGAGGCAGAGUGUGUUGUUUUAGUGCUGGCGGGGGCGCUGAGGUGAGGAGGACAGUGACACGUGGAGCUGUCCUGUCAGACAUACAUUCACUGACCCUGCCACACACACACUGAAGGAGCGACACACACUCUGCCACAUAAACCCACACACACACACACACACACACACACACACACACACACACACACACUGAAGAAGAAAACACACACACAUACAGCAACAUGGAAAAAACACCACACAAAAUUUAGGCUGAAGAAUUUGUACUUGACAAUAAUAAAUUAUACACUGAGCUCAAUGAUAGAAAAAAUUUAAAAUGAGAGAAGAGCGGAAAUGAUGGAAGAAAAGUGGGAGAGUACAAGAUUCUCCUUGCUGCUACUACCGCUGCUGUCCACAAGAGGGCAGCGUUUAAGACGUUGGCUGAAACGGUUUUUGACCAGAACUUGCUGCAUCAGUGAGCUGUGAGGACGAAGGGGUGAGAAGUGGACGUGAUUCAAAGGUGAAGAAAGAGAGUGGAAACUUGUCACUUUCUCUUGCGCUUUUCUUUUUUUGUUCAGACUGUUGUUGUACAUAAAGAGACUGAGAUGUAGAACUCUGCUUUUUCAUAACACGCCUCAGCCUGAAUCCAAACUCUGAAUAUUGCACCUCAACCCUAAACCCUCGCCUAACCUCUUGGCCCUUUAUUACGCGAUCUUUAAAACAACACACAGAAAACACAAUCUCUCUCUCUCUCUCUCUCUCUCUCUCUCUCUCUCUCUCUCUCUCUCUCUCUCUCUCUCUCUCUCUCUCUCUCUCUCUCUCUCUCUCUCUUAAAUACACACACAUAAACACACAUGAACAGACACACACACUUCACUUGAAAGUGAAGAGUGUGUAGAUCCGUGGAGUUUACAGAGAUAAACUUUAGCACCUUAUUGUCCAGUAGAAGUCAGGGUGGCUGUCAUUACGUUACCUCAUCAGUCACUCAAGCAGGAGUAGGAUGUAAAGUACAUACUAGAUAUUAGAAUGAAGAAGAUUUAAAAUAACAAACCAAAAAAGACAAAACAACAACUCACUUACCAUACGUGACAGAUGUAUUGACCUUCACCAAUGGAAUUGGACACUGUACUACACUACAAUUAAAAACACUCACAAACCAGUACAGUAAUUGCAUUUGCCUCAUGCUCACAUGCUGUAAAGAACACUACGCUGCAAGACGCUACUGUUUUUAGUACACAAGGACAACCUGUAAGGACGAGGCGGGGACAAAUCCUCACCUGCUUAUUCUUAGACACCCCCUUUCCUCUUUUGCCUUGACUCAGAAGUAGUCUUGAUUUGUUGUGUGGUGUACAGGUGUUGAUGUUAAAUUGUUCUCUUUGCACCUGAUUUUACCUCUUUAGAUCAUGAGUAGGCCAUUCAAAAAAACCCAAACCUCUCCCGCCCAACUCCACUUGCAUUUAUUUUUACUCUUUAUUUUUCUUUCCUUAAACUGUACAUAUGAUACUUUUUACUUGUCAGAAGCAAUGAUAAUUUCAGGAUGCUGUUCUCAGUCUUUACUGUGUUCCCACCGGAACAAUAUGGCGACUGGCUGGGGACGUGUUGCACAUUCCUUGAGCUCAGGACUUAUUGCUAGUGUCGUUUUGUGGAUGCUGUGAGGUACAGCUGGUCUUGUUUGUCUCCCCAUGUGUGGCAGAGUAUGUCGAACAUGGCCUGAAACCCUUUUACAAAGCUGGUUCAAAGCGUAUGUGAAGGAGUCAUUUCUCAGCAUCAACCUGUCAGUCUUCUGUGUCAUUCAUACUCUGUUACUUUGACCAUGAUAUUGCUGUUCAGUACCAUGUCUUUAGCAUACGUGUCAUCUUCUUCAAGCAUGUUUGUGUAUUAAACACUCAGUUGGUAUGUGAAAUAGCUGCUGCUGGAAGAGGAAUACCUCCAGCUGGUUUAGAUUGUGCAUGGGACAUUGACAUUACAUGAUUUAUUUUUUACACCAACAUUAAACUGUAAUGGCUACUCAAUGAAUCUGGAGACUGUCUUAAAUAAGAUGAAGACAAUGACAACACAGUAUUCAGCAACAAUGGCAAUGUGCUGCCAGCAUUGGGACCAGAUAGUUACUAGUUUGUAUAAGAUCUUUGAGCAUUUAAUAGGACUUGAAGCACUCAGACACACUGUUGUUUCUCGCUGAUAUCGUUACAGGCUGCCAGAAACAACAGGACCAAGGUCAAUCCUCCAAGCGCCAGGAGUUCAAGCACACAACUGUUUCACACACCAAUCAGUUGACUUGUCAACAUGUACUGUAUCUUACGAGAUGGCCUGUGAGUGUAGAUUGGAGUUUCCUGUUCCUCAGGCACUGACCUCGGGUCACUUCUGCCUCUUUUUCUGAAAUGGAUUCACAAAGGGUGAAUUGAUCCCACGUCUUCGCCUGUCAGAAGGACUACCUAUUUACCCAGAGUGUGACAGUGUGUAGCAUGUACAUAGAUGAUCCCUCACUCUGAAUAUAUAAAAGUGUACAGGUUUGAUACAGCUAUUCACACUCUGGAUUUUUUUUUUUUUUUUUGCUUUUCCUUAAUGAAAGUCAUAGCAAUAUUUCUGUAAUCAAUAAAAAGCCACAGUAAUAGGAAGAGUGUGAUUGCAUUUGUUUUCCUUUAGAGAGGGAGAAAUGACUGAAUGAUCAAACUGUGAGACUUGACUUAAGUGAUGAGUGAUUUGCUGUUUAACAUGCUGGAUCCAAAAGGCUGGAGUGAAGUAUCAUGUUGCAAAGGAGUACAACACACUGAUUAUUUAGAUUUGUAUCAAUGAAAGCCAUAAAGGUGACAACGGUCUGUUUGUGUGCGAGGGGUGUGUACCAUGUUUAAGCACAGACCUUAAGAAGCAGAGGGGAUGUGUACACCUAAUAAAAAUCAAUAAAAAUCAUGUAAUUACCUU